CCGGCUAGAGUUCCGAGCCUGGUGGAGAAUGCUCUUACUUCAGAUGUCUAUCUCAGCAACUCACAAGAUUUCAACGACCCUUUCUAUGUAAACGUCUUUGCUUUUCGUGCCAAAUCCGAGGAUCAAGGAUUGCAAACAUGGCAGCAACCAGUCGCACCCAAUAUCAGCACUUUGUCCCCCAAUUCCUCCUCAGAAACUUCUCGCAUCCUUACAAGCCAGUAAAGAAAGACCCUAAGAAGCAACAGCAUUCAAAGCUUAAGGGCGAGAAGAGGAUGUACCGUGGUGACCGUGUGGUGAAUACCAUUGACUUGUCGUCGCAAACACCUACUCCAUGUGAGGCACGGGUUGAUCGCAUUUUCGGUCAGAUGGACAUGUACCGAGACUCAAAUAAGCCAUCCGCUGAGCAACAGGAGAUAGAAAAAAUGUUCUCCAGGAUGGAAGGCCAAGCUAGUAUAGCCUUUCGCAAGAUCACGAAGGCAUUCGAAGGGAAGGAAGAGGUACUUUGGCUCGCACGCCAUGAGAGAGAUCUCAUUCGCAAAUUCCUGUUUCUGCUCAAGUAUCGUGGAUCGACCUUUCAUCAACGGUUCUAUCACGAAAUCACCGAGGACUGUGAGUCAGAUGAUAGAGAGUUAUUAUGGGAAUACAUGAAAGAUAAAGGUUUUAAGCGGCCGAUGGAUGUGUGGUUCAAUAACCUGAAGAUAAUCAUGGAGCUGAAUAUGGAUCCUGAAAAGGCGUGGAUAAAGGAACUGCCAAAACAGAUGUAUACGGAAGAUGCAAUGUGGUUCAUCUCACAUGUGCAAGGUAUGUAUAUGGCCAUUUGCACACCGUCCAAUCCGAUCGACGAGUUCAUCCUCACGGAUAACUGCUAUAAUGUCUUCGAAGGACCGAACUCCUUCGUAAUUGACAAAACCAGUGGGAGGCUAGAGCCAGCUUAUUACGCUCCCCUCCACGAGUUUGCGCCUAUAUCUCCCAAACUAAUGAUAGUCUUGAGAAGCUUUCUGCUACCAGUGCCAGAGGAGGAUGUAAACCCCGUUAUCAAAGCGGAACGGAAUCUUUGGAACUUGGGUGUACUUGAUUGUGUCUACAAAGAGGAGGUGAAGUCAUUACUCUCUGAUCUUCCCAUUACCAAGGCCCAGAAUAACUAUAGUGGUAUGGUCGACGGCCGACUUGUAUUGAAUUCAGAUGAAGAUGGAACAUCAAGAAAGAAUCACAGGUUCUGCUUCAAGUACUUUCCUCUCGAUACCAAGCACGUCCAUACCAUCAGUGCAAUAUUGCUUCAAAAUAGCUACACGUGCUCCAGAAUCGUCUUUGGAACGAAUGAGAGCCUCUUGCGGACCUUGGACGCGCAUCUGACCUCGCCAUGGAAUACAAUGAUGGGUGAUGAUGCUAGUGUUCGAAUCGAAUUUCUGAGGCGGCUGGGCGCGGUAGCAAAGCUUUUAGGAUCCGAGAAAGAACCUAUAUGGACAGAGCCAUCUGAUCCCGAGGUGCGAGACAACGAAGGUGCUAGGCUCAAAAUACUCGAACAGAGAAGAUUGUAUUAUCAAACGAUCAAUAAAGACGACUUGGAUCCUAAACCAGAUACUGACAAUGAAUUUCUGCAGCUCUACUAUCGCCUCGGCGGUUCGGACCAUACUCUCUUCAAGGACGUCGAGCAAGCCGGCCUUAUGUGGAAGUUACGAAUCAAGAUUGAUUCUUGGUCUCAAGGGGUCGACGAGUCCAUUCGUCAGCGAAAUCGAUUGAUCCUAACUGAUAUUUAUCUCAGCUUUCCACCUCGUAGGGUGUGGCUAUACGGGAAGCAAGUUAGAUUCGCCCAUUUAGAAACGACAGAAGAAUUGGAAAAUCUUGCGGAUAAUGGAAAUUUCAUUCGAGAACCUGAGGAUAUUAUUGCCCAAGCUUCCCAAAUAAUACGGCCUCAAUGUCUUUCUCAGCUAAUGUAUAAGGCCACCAUGAACGACAUCUGGAUGAAAGAGCGAUCGGAAGUUGAUCUCUGGGCUAAAGUCAUUAAAAUGGAUGAGCACGCGCGAGCGCAAUUCACGUUGCUGAAAAGACUCAAUGGCUGUCAUCCUCAAUCUAUCCGUGACUGUGGUAAGCUAUACAUGGAAUUUCUAUCGCGCUCAGCUGGUGCUUAAUUUCCAGCAGGUAUCAAUUCAAUUGAGAAGCUUGCGGCGAAUCUGGAUGCUAUUCAGGUCCAGACACCUAAGAUCCCCCUAUUGACGGCGGACGAAGAACAUGAGCUCUGGAUACGAAUGAGGGUAAGGUCCAACUUCAACAAAACACUUCGAGGUAGGCUCGAGCCAGCGCUGCUUAAAAGUCUGAAGAAGGUGUUUUUCGAAAUUUUAUAUCCAGCUCCUGUACCUUCGGGCACAUGAAAGUGAGAUUUUGAGUAUCACUCUUCCGUACCUUUUGUAUCUAUUUCCCGUUUUCUGAGCUCUCUUCCUUGGUGGACUUAGUUGCAGGAAUUUUGCUUGGGCUGAACCCGAUAUAACUGGUUUCAUUCUUUAAUUUUUCGAAUGGUUUGGCUUGUUCGUAAAAGCCCUCACAUACCAAAAUGUCGGAUCACAAAAUGUACUUACUGUGGCAGGCCUGAUGCAACAUGCAUCGGUGGAAUGCUUUGUGGCCAAGGCUGCACAGCUAAGGGGGUGCUGCUUCUUUGAAGGACAAAGGUUUCUUCUGGAAUACUUCAAGGGUAUGGUCCAUUUGAAGAUAAACAGCGAAUAUACACUUCGGAGUCAUUGCAGAGAUUCUUAAGUACUGUGAGAUCAUGAAGGAAGGAAAAGACUUUUCCUGCGAUUAUCAUACGAGAUUCUUAUCUCUCAAAGUUUACCUAGGAACCUUGCCUAGAUACCCAAGACAGAUGUUGUGUCACGUGUUCUAAGACAGAAAAGAGUCUGUCUUUAUUGACUCAUUCACUGUCUUCUUUCAAAAGUGAAUACUGUCGUAAGAACUGGUAUUCACUCAACA